AAGGGUAUUAUUAUACGCUGGUCUAUGCUAUAUGUAACAACUUUUUUUAUGCACUGCGAGUUUUUUGAUAAUUGAUAAUUUUGCUCCGUACUGGUAUAUAGUAAAAAUUAAGGAAAAAGAAAAGAAUGAUUCACGUCAAGAAAUCGCAGCUUUUUAUCCAUAGCUAACUUUCACUCCUCCCUGCUGACCAGCCUAGUGAAUUUUCUCCUCCCUGGAAGCUCGCGAUAGCCAGGUAGUUAUUAAGGGGGGAACAGAUGGGUAGUAGUGGAGCUGAUUACAUAAAAGUUUCCGGGAGUGCUGAAGCUGAAUGUCCAGAGGCAACAGUUGAGAUUAAGAUAAAGACAUUGGAUUCUCAAACAUACACAUUGCGCGUAGAUAAAUGUGUUCCUGUUCCUGCAUUAAAGGAUCAAAUUGCUACAGUUACUGGUGUCUUGUCAGAACAGCAACGGCUUAUAUGCCGUGGAAAAGUUUUGAAAGAUGAUCAACUUCUUUCAGCUUAUCAUGUGGAAGAUGGUCAUACUCUGCAUCUGGUUGUGAGGCAACAACCAUCAGAAAGCAAUCCUGUUCCUCAAGGGACAUCUGAUGCAUCAAGCCCUGGUAAUGCUUAUGGUAGUACAUUGGCCCCUGGUCUAUUUGUGGGAACUUUAAAUUUAUCUGAACAAGCAGAUGGGUUGUUCCCUGACAUGAGUCGGAUUGUCUCAGCCGUACUUGGUUCCAUUGGAAAUGCAAAUCUUGGGAGUGGAAGUGGGGCGAUUGAUCUUAAUGGUCUUGGUAAUCUAAGAAAUUCUGUUAGAUUCCAGAAUGAGCAAGGUGGUGUAAGGGAUCAACCUAGUUCAAGUUCUGGUGCUUCUGCUCGACCUACAAAUGUUCCAGUGGAUUCCAUGCAACUGCCGGUUGUUGUGGACUCUUUGACAACUUUGUCCCAGUACUUGACUCAUUUGAGAGAAGAAUUUGACGCAACUGUUGGAGGACCGAGUGGAAUUUCACUGACCUCUAGCACCAAUGGAAGCAACAGACAGGAGUCCAACGUUUCCUCAUAUCCAACUGGUCAGGGUGGCCUUCCAACACCAGAGCUGUUGGCUAAUGUGAUGCUUUCUACUAGACAAUUAGUUGUUGAGCAAGCUGCAGAGUGCUUAUUGCAACUGUCGAGGCAAUUAGAGGAUCAGGUAAACGUAACAGAUGCAACAGAGAGAAUGAGGAUUCAAUCACUUGCGUGGAGAUCAGGUGCUUUUUUCCAAAAUUUAGGUGCACUAUUACUUGAGCUUGGUCGGACAACAAUGACAUUACGGAUCGGUCAAACACCAGAUAUUGCCGUGGUGAAUGCGGGGCCUGCUGUUUUUGUAUCUCCAACUGGGCCCAAUCCCAUAAUGGUUCAGCCACAACCUUUUCAAGUAGGGACAGGAAUUGGUGCAUUUCCACUUGGAUCUGUACAUGGUCCUGGAAUUUCUGGCAGCCCCACAGGACCUGGCUUCAUCCCUAGAAAUAUUGACAUCAGAAUACGAACAGGUGCGUAUAUGCCAUCCAAUGGUAGCCAUAGAGGUGCAACUGUUCCGCAGAAUCCGGGGCAAGCUGCUCCUGGAGCUCCUAAUGGUGAAAAUUCCAAUCAAAGAGGCACUGAAGGUACUAGAAACUCUACGACGAGGGGUGUGGAGGUUCGGGUACUUCCUAUUAGGACUUUGGUUGCUGCAGUUCCUGCUUCUCUUGGACGUGCAACUUCUGAUGCAACUCGAGGUUCUAUGGAGUUCUUCAACUCGGUUUUGGGUAGAGUUCAGCAUGUCACUUCUGAAAAUGGUAAUAAUUUGAAUGCUUCACAAGGAUCAGAUCAAAAUCUUCCCCACAAUGUUGAGAUUGGGCAACAGCCAAACACCGAGGCUGCAGGAGUGCGAAAUAUUAGGCUGUUUGGAGUUAACGUAAAUCGUAGCUCAACUGUUGACAUGUCAAGCGGAGUUGAAACAUUUUUGAGUGCAUUAUUCCCUGAUGGGCAGAUUCAGGUUGAUGAGAAUACUGGUGUUCAUCGCAUGAAUCCAAAUUCUGCUACUGUCAAUCAUAGCUCAACGGGUGAAAUGCCAAAUGGAGUUGAAGCCUUUUUUAGCUCAGUAUUCCCUGAUGAGCAGGUUCAGGUUGAUGAGAAUGCCGGUGUGCAUGGCACGAACCCAAAUUCUGCCACUUUCAAUCGAAGCUCAACAGGUGAAAUGUCAAGUGGAGUUGAAACCUUUUUUAGCGCAUUAUUCCCUGAUGACCUGAUUCAGGUUCAUGGCAUGAACACAAAUUCUGCUACCGGUGAGAAUGGAUUUACUCAAAACGCUGCUUCUCAAGAGACUGAUGCGACAAUAGAAGAUGGAAUUUUUUUGUCAAAUAUUCUACGUCACAUCAUGCCAAUAAUAUCUGAAAGCACAGAAACAGAACCUAAUAUCUCACCCAAUGAACAAGUAGACGUUUCUGAGGAUAGAAGUGCACAAGUUUCAGCACAGGCUCAAGAAAGUACAGAUCAGGCAACCCCCUCUCGGUGUCCACGUGACCCUCGAUUACAACCGGGCUCAAAACGUCAAAAGCGGGAGUAAUUUCAAUUUGCUGGGGUGGACUGAUUGGAGCUGGGUAUAGAAGGCGAACACUGCUUUGAAUCCGAGGAACGGUUUUCUUAUUUUUUUUAAAUAUUCUUGAACUAUUAUAAUAAGUUCUUGUAUCCUGACAUGAUGCUUCAGAUGAUUGGAAUGAGAGUGAUCUACAUGUUGUCAUUUUGAUCUUCCCCCCUUUAUUCCUUAUUUGAUUAAAAUAUUUAAAGUUAAUUAUUAUCCGUUUGGGCAUUUUUCAUAUAGAAAAACUGGAUUCAAGUGCAGUAAGCCUGCAAUUCUAUA